CAUCCGUACGAGCGUGCUGCGCGCGCGCCUCUAACCGCCGAAUUCGAAUUUCUAAUCGUGACGCAAACUAGUGUUGUGAGUUGUGCCAAUUCGUGACAGUGUACUAUACCAUCUAUGUUACCAAUGCUGAAUUAACAAAAUGACAAUGAUGUGAAGUGACAGAUAUCAAUGUGAUUGUUCGAUAACUAUGGAAGACGUUUGCAUUUUUAUGUGAAGUCAGGAUGAGUAGCGGUGUGCGAUGACGUGCGCGGCACUGGUGGCGAUGGCGGUGCUGGUGACGGCGAGCUCAGCGGCGGCGCAGCUGCGGCCGGCUGACGCGCCCCCUGCCAUCAACGACACACGCUGUGGUACGGAAUGUGUUCGCUGCGCCGCUGAUGGAUGCGUCAAGUGCGCUCGCCUGCUGGUUUGGCCUGGAGGUACCUGUGCACAUGACUGUCCUGCUGGCAGCCGUGAAGCAUGGGCCCAUGAUGACCACCUCAUGGGACGAGUGUGCUAUCCUGCGCAAUCAUAUAACGAGGUGAUAGUGGGCGCUGCUUGCGGCGUGGCUGCUUGCAUUGCUCUCGUGGCAGCCGCAGCAGCCUAUGCUCGCUGUAGGACUAAGUCGCGAGCACAACCUCAACCUUUACCGCAACGAACUCACCACGACGACGACACUCGACUCCGGGAAUUCCACAAGCAGCUGGACUGCUUACGACCGCACGCGUACACCUUGUUGGCGAUACUGAACCAUACACGGCAUCAAGUGCGCGAGCUUUAUCAGCUUGGCAACAAUGAUGCUGCAAUGGCUUACAGUUGCAUCCUGAGCGAUUUGGCCAAGUUGCUGAUAUUGUUGAACAAGCAGCAGGUGCCUGUUGUGCCGGAUGAGUGGCCACGAUUGGCUAGUUGGGCUGAAAGAAUUCUGAAACGCUACAGCCGCACAAACGUCGGUCCGCAACAAGAAGGCCAGCUAGUUAAUUUCCUCCCCGCCCCACCGAGCCAGGGCUCCGACUCGGAGACAACCCAGCAAUCUUUUUCGACAUUCAAGCCACCUUCGUAUUCUCCUACAUCAUAUGAUAGUAAUAUUUUAGACAAGGACAUAGACUGCGAAUGGAGUGACGCUGGAAGACCACCCAGCUAUUCCCAAGUAGAGAGAGAACGAGAGACCAUUGUCCUCUCCGACCCAUGGGAGAGAAGACCGAUUGUAAGAAGAGAGAGUGUAUGGUUAGAAGACGAAUUCUUCGAAAUGUCGAGGCGACCACAAGACGAACUAACCACUGAACUUUAAACACAUAAUUUAAUGCACCUGGUUCACCAUUCCAAGUCUGACAAGUACAAAAUAAAAGAUAAUUAAUCUAUAUUUAAUAUAUCUAGGUACUUUAAGUUUGUAGUGGUGCUUUCAACCCUGUAAAUAUGUACCUUAUUCAUCAUAAAAGCAUGUCUCGUAGAAAAAACGUGUACCUAAACACCAAAUUAGGUCUCGUCACUGAAGCAAUAAAAUGAAAUAAAAUUAUUGUCAGAUUUUUUAUAACUAGAAUUUAUUUAAAUAAGAACUAAGCAAUUUGUAUUAUGCUUUAAGUAGAUUAUGCAGAAAUAACAACUAUGUUUAGACAGAUUUAAACCAAAGUAGAUUGUAUAAUAGUUUUCUAGUCUAAUAAAUUCGAUAUGAUUUGCAUAUUCAUUGCAAAAUGUAUGUCUGUAUCUUUGGCAACAUUUUUUAGAAUCUCAUACCGUAUUUAAAUUGUAUAUUAAUGUAAUUAAAACUGUUACAUUUAUACAACAUAAUGUAUAUUUCAACAUAAGUUUCCAUAGUAGUUUAAUGUAGAUACACUACAUGUAGUUUAAGUAGAAGUGGAAUCUUUACCUCGACUGUUAUAGGCCUUUAGUGAUACCUAAUAUCUAGUUACAAGUUGCUUAGGUAUCCGAGCCCUAUCAAACGAGAAGACCUUCAGAAACAGUAGGUACAGCACUUACGAUAAUCUAAAGCGAAAAAGGAAUAGGUGGUUGGUAGAUAGGUACUUUGAACUUUAAAUUCGAAUUAACGGUUUUUUCCUAUUUAGAUCUUGAAAAUUAGUGUGUCUGCGUAUCGUAUUGUUGGUUAAUUUAUAUCGAUAUUUACUACCUAUGAUUUUUUUAAAUAUGGAGAUAAAAUAAGUAUCUACCUACUAUUUAUAUUCUUAUAAGACAAUUAUAUAGAGUAAGUUCUGUACCUAUACUUCUUACAGUGAUAAUCAAUUCUAAAAUUCGGUAAUUUUCCGCAGACAUUAAAUGCACAAGAAAUACACUUGUAAGUAGGUUAUUAGCACAAAGUUAUAACCACUCCUUUCAUUUAAGAAAAUACAUUGUACUAUUAUAUCUGUGUGCCGACAGACCAAUGGGCACUUACCUAUCUUUAUAGUAGACAGUUAAGUCAUCAAAAGUGUAAAUAAUAAAUUAACAAAAUUAAUACAUAAGUUUAAAAUAAUGUCAUAAAGACAACGAAAAUACCUAUUUGUUAAUGUAAUCUAGAAUACUUUUAUGAUUGUUAAAUUAAUAAAGAUGAAUAUAUUUUUGUUCA